AUGUUCAUCCCCAAGCCUGCCCAAGAGGGCGAACCAACAAGGCUUCGCACUGUGAUCGACCUUCGCGCUCGUAAUGCAAACACUAAAAAGAUGGCAAGCCCGCUCCCUGACAUUGACGGGAUAAUGUGUCGUGUUGCGUCGAAGAAGUAUCGGUCUGUUCUUGACCUGAAGGAUGCAUAUGAGCAGGUGCGAGUGGAGCCGCAGGACGUUUGGAAGAUGGCAUUUGCAACGCCUAAUGGGAAUAUGCGCGCCUUCGACGAAGUAAAGGCAUUAGCUACUCAAUGCAAAGAUCAUCAUCGUCGACCUCUCAACCGAUCCCCGGGUGCCCCUCCAAUCAACCUUGUCACAGACGGAUGCGCUACUGGCAUUGCUGGUGUGAUUAGCCAGGGGGAGGAUUGGAAAACGGCUAUUGUUUCAGCAUUCUACUCAGCAAAAUUGUCACCCACGCAGCAGAAUUAUGCUACUCACGAGAUUGAAAUGCUCGCCGGGCUCGAAACAAUGAUGCAUUAUUGCGAUUUGCUUCUCGGAACACAUUUUUGGUGGUUUACAGACCAUAAGGGCCUGGUAACCGUGUUGAAUCAUCAAGAAGUAUCUGGACGACGUGCUCGAUGGUUAGAAAAACUCAGGAUGUUUGAUUUUGAAGUUACUUACGUACCGGGCACAGAAAACAUCCUCAGCAAUGCUCUCUCUCGCAUCUACUCGAACAAUUCGGCGGGUACAGUCCAUGCACCUGGUGAAUACACUGAGUACGACGACACAGGAUUCUCAAUGAAAGUCGCACUAUCCGUCGUCAGUGCACCCGUGCUUGUUGGACCAGAAGCUGAGUCUUCAGUGGUGAACUAUGUUGGACGUCGUUCCAAACGUCUGGAGGGCGCGAGUGCUGGGGGAAAAGAGAAGGGCAAGACGAGGGCUGUGGCUACUACCCCGAGCACAGAGAAGCUUACCAUUAGGCUUCCCGUGCUGUCAAAGUUGACGUCGGCCUCGGGCAAUGAGGCGUCUAAAGAUAGCUCACCUGAGAAUAACAUGGCAACUCAUACUGAGCUUGCCGAGCCCAUCUCGGAUGAUUCCGUGGGUGCUAAUUCGGGCGCACUAGACGAGAUUCCGCCGUUGGACUUAACAAAGGAUAUUAGUGGCAUCGAUAUCCUUAAGGAAAUAAGGAAUAAUUACAGCUCGGACACUGUGUUUAAGCCCGUAGUUGAAAAACCGUCUGAGUACAAGAACUUUGAUGUCAAAGAUGGCUUCGUUUACCUAAAGCAAGGUGACAGGAAGCUACUUGGCAUUCCCAGCAUCAAGGUUAAUAAUAGAAGUGCUCAGGAAAUCAUCAUCACGGAAGGACACUCUGUGCUCGCACAUCUUGGAUUCAAGAAAACUUACGAUUAUCUUAGGGAAUCUGUAUGGUGGAAGACCAUGUCCCAGGAUAUACAGAAGUAUUGUGACUCGUGUAUGACCUGCAAGCGCAGUAAGGAUGGAAAUCAAAAGCCUUAUGGGUUACUGAACCCUCUGGAUGUUCCCGGACAACCCUGGGAUGCCAUCGGUAUUGAUUUCAUAGGACCAUUACCAGAUUCUCGCGAUCGUGAUGCUGCUUACGACGAGAUCACAGUCAUAAUUGAUCUGUUCACUGGGAUGCAAUCCAAAUCCAUCGCCUUCUAUCUAUUUUUACAUGGGAAAGACCAAACGCGGCAACCUUGCCGUUUCCACCACUGUCGACACCACCACUCCUCUUCUGACACUGCUCCUUCCCUUCCUACCACCAACACCGACGUCGACAAUGCUCCCACUUCCCCUCUCACACCCAUCGACCACACUACUCCCAAUGCCGAUCCAACCUUCGACCCUACCACGGACAUUGCCUCCACAGCUCCCGUCGACGCGAUGGCUGCCGUCUCCAUCAACGACGACAUAGACGCACCUCAGGACACAAACACAGCAGACACGAUGGAUUUCGACACAUCCACUACCGCCUUCACCAUACCCAUUGAAACCGCUGCUUCGGUCUUCGUGACGACCACCCCCGCAUUGACGACGGCUACCCUUCAAUCGACCCCUGGCUCUCCUCAUACCACAGCCAUGAGCAUCGAUGAUGAUGUUGCAUCACUCUUCGCCGACUUUGCACCGACGCCUCCAUCCGCUCCCCACCUUCCGCGUGGUUUUAACAACCAGCCAGUCACAAACCUCUCGUACCCGGUAACAGGUUUCUCGCGGAUUUUCAAGAUCGGCUUUGGUGAUUUUCGCGUCGCCGACAACAGCCACGUCAUCCACUCGAUCAGCGCACCGCAGCUAAAACAGUGUCUCAUAUUUCAUCAGAUCGUCAGCAAGGCCUACGCACGAGGGUAUGCACACCAGGUCGAGAACCUCGUCGAACCCAUUGGAUACCGGGAGCUCGUUGCGUACCUCAACAACGACCACGCCCAGAGCCGGAAAUUGGCUGUCAUCACCCAAAAUGACGCCGUCGCUCACUUUGCCCCCAACUUCGGUCCCGACAGCCGCUUUCCCCUCGAUGUUGACUUCCCUGAUGGGGAGACAGUCAAGGAUUUGCUCGAAACGGUUCGGAGCGCAGGCGGUUCCAGCAAUAUUGAAGCUAUGCGAGAUGUUACAGUAACCGCUGCUCGGGAGCAUCUGGAGCGCAGGCGUGGUCCUGCAUUCGUUCGAGGAAGCUCGGCGCCCGUUUCGGGAUAUGGUCACGGUGGACGGAACCCUUCGUAUGGCCCCGUCAGGACCCCGUGUGGAGGAACAAGGAGGUUCUAUUAA